UUUUCCAAAUUCAAUUUCCACCCCUAAUUUCAUAUUCUCUCCCUGGUUCGACUGCUGCUUGUUUGUCUAGAUUGGACUAGAGAGCACACAGUCAUGCUGUGAUGGACGAAACGCCUAUGUAGAAUAGUACUCUAACGAAUCAGAUGUCGCAGAAUCAGCUGCAGACUGGGAGUAGUGGUGUUCCGGUGAACGAGGUGUACUGGGCUCUGGUGGCUAAGGCCGAUAAGAAGUUCUCUAAGAUCCGGGAUUUGCCCUACUAUCAACGCACUAGAUAUGAUACAUACUUCUACAAAGUCUUUAAGGUCUAUACUCAGCUUUGGAAAUUUCAACAAGAGAAUAGGCAGAAGUUGGUCGAAGCUGGGCUAAAGAGAUGGGAGAUCGGGGAGAUUGCCUCCCGAAUUGGGCAGCUUUAUUUCGGACAGUACAUGAGGACUAGUGAGGCCAGUUAUUUGUCUGAAUCUUAUAUAUUUUAUGAGGCAAUCUUGACAAGGGAGUAUUUCAAGGAAGGACUGCAUCAGGAUGUAAAUCUUGCCAGCAAGCAGUUAAGGUUCCUUGCUCGAUUUCUUACGGUUUGUUUGUUGUUGAACCGGCGAGAGAUGGUCUAUCAAUUGGUCAAUCAGCUUAAAAUGCUGCUUGACGAGUGUAAAAGGACUUUCCAGGAAACUGACUUUAAAGAAUGGAAGCUCGUGAUUCAGGAAAUAGUUAAAUUCCUGAAAGUUGACACAGCUUUUAUGAAUAUCAGGCCUUUGAGAUAUAGUGUCGUCCUGGAACUUCACCCAGAUUGUUUCCCACAUGUUAUGGAUGCAAAGAGAAAGCUAAGACUAAGAGAUGCAUUAUUGUGCAGUUACCAUCCUAAUGAGGUCAAGUUUUCAGAACUCAGCCUUGACAAUUUUAGGAUGCUACAAAGUCUGGAGUGGGAACCCAGUGGUUCAUUUUACCAGGCAAGCAUGGCUCCCUCAAGUGGAACUGGAUCUGGUGCUAGUCAAAAUGGGGCUUCAGGGCCUAGUCGUGUCAAUCAGGAUAUAACUGAUCCAACUUUGCCACCUAACCCGCGGAAAGCCAUCUUAUUUCGUCCAUCUGUUACCCAUUUCAUGGCGGUCCUAGGCACAGUGUGUGAGGAGCUUCCUUCUGAUGGAAUUCUCUUAUUAUACCUUUCAGCUUCAGGAAACAGCUCAAAUCCUAUGUCAUCUCCAUCCCGCACUGGAACUUCUAUUGGUUACUCUGAACAUAUUAUCAGGGGCUUUCAGUUUCCUUCGAUAAACUCUGACUCCAGCUCUACUUAUCCCAUUACCACUGGAUAUGAUAGUCCAGACCAUUCUGGUUGUACCGCUGAUUGCUUACAUAUUGGACCUCAUGGAGAUGGAGGUAUGAAUUGCAUAUAUCCUUCUGAUUUACUGCCCUUUACAAGAAGGCCCCUUUUUGUAGUCAUCGACAGUGAAAGUAGUAAAGCAUUCAAGGCUAUGAGUGGUGCAGAAAAAGGAGAACCCGUUGCCCUUCUACUUUCUCCAGCCGCAUCAUUGACAUUGCCAGCCGUAGAAUCCUCUCGUCUACCAAGCGGAAGCUUGUUCACCAGUUUUCUUACAGCUCCUCUGCAGUCGUUCAUUCUCUUACUUGGGUUUACUGGCUCUGAUAUUGAAAAGGACCUGUACAGUAAAGCUGAGAAUCUGCUCCAGUCUUCAUUAAAUAAAUUGGGAUCAUCAUUGGCUGCAGCUGACAAUCUUGAUCCUGUCUGGGCUCAAAUUUUACCUGAUCCAUUCUUGAGGCGACUCCUUCUGAGAUUUAUAUUCUAUCGAGCAGUAUUAUCGCUAUAUUCUCCAUCUUUUAACAAGAUAGAGUUCCAACCAGAAUGCAUGCCUUGUCUUCCAGAAGUCAUGUCGCCAAUGAAUUCCACAUGCCAAACAGUUGUCUUGAAAUUAGCCAACUUGUUUGAGGUAACCAACAAAUUCCUAUUCUCGGAAGGAAUAGUGCUCUUGGAUGACUGAAAUACUGAAGAGCUCCACUUUAAUGGUCUUCCAAUGCACUCUGAGAAUAACUCAUAGAAUGUAAAAUUUCCCAGAAUGUGAGGAGCUUCUCUCUUUUACCUCAAUGUUGGUUUUCACUGACCGGUUUCCUGUUUCAUCAUUAAUGUUGGGAUGGUGUUUUUGGCCGGUCAUAGAGCAAUCUUGCUCUCUGUUUGUGACCAUCUGAUGACACUGUGAGCUACCAAUGGAGAUUUAGCUUGUAUUUUCUCCUCAAAUAGUUCUGCAAAAGGUGGAAUAGAGGGAAGGCGGUGAACGUGGGUGCAACGAAACAAAGUGUUACAGUCUUGGUGCAACGAAAGAAAGUGUUACAGUUGAUAUGCCGAGUUUCUCAGUGUGGUGUAUUCUUUACUUGUGUACCUGUACAAUUUCCCUAUUUACAUUACUCAGUUUCCUAAGUGUGGGUCUAUGAUAUCUGAGAGUUACCUCAUUCUUGGAUUUGGCUUAGAAAGAGCAACAAGACCCAUCACUUCUUGCAAGUAAUUAUAAUACUUGGGACUCCAAAUGGAACUCGAACUCUUCAAAUUAUACUUACUUGACAUCUUCAUUUCA